CGGCUAGGAAGGCGGGGGAUCUCCAAUCACGCAAUCCGUUCCGACUAUUAGUUCAGUUGGAGCUUAGAGUUAGCAACGGGUGAUUUUGAAGGACGCAGGAAGUGCAUAAAAGGGCUGCACGGAAAUUGAAUGCGUAAACCAGCAAAUCUGGACACCAAGAAACAAUCGCCGGCCACUUUAUCACUAACACGGGGUGAGAGACACUUUUGGAAACACAAAGUCAAGACAGCUAUCAGAAACAAAACAUGGCCGCCGCCGCCGUCCAAACGCCAGCUGCACCUCGCCCGCCGGGCCAGCCGGACAUCACAUACGCGCCGGACAUGGUAAAGUACCAGCAGCGGACGGCCAGGAGGCUCAGGGACGAGGUGCUCAGCAGGGAACUCCCCGAGGGCUUCCCGGCCGAGCUCAAGGGCGACCUCGUGUGGGACGGCGAGACCCUCACCGCGAGCUCCGACUGGACCUAUGUGCUGUCGCCCGAGCAGCUGGCCGAGAUUGACGCGGCGGUCAAGCAUUUCAAGUCACUGGGCCUCCCACUCGGCCACGUCGACGCCACCACCUUCCCGCUGCCCAACCUACGCCCCGAGCUGCGGCGGCUGUCGCGCGAGUUGCACCUGGGCCGGGGCUUCUUUGUGAUCCGGGGCGUGCCCGUCGACGCCUACACGCGCGAGGAAAACGUCGUGAUAUACGCGGGCGUGUCGUCGCACGUGGCUGCGAUCCGGGGCCGGCAGGACCACGUCUACGAGGGCAAGGCGGCCGACGUGACGCUGACGCACAUCGUGGACCUGUCUAGCCGCCGCAGCGGAACCGGGACCGGGUCUGGUUCCGUCAUUGGCAGCCCGGCCUACACGGCGGACAAGCAGGUGUUCCACACGGACUCGGGCGACGUCGUCUCGCUCUUCGCGCUCGGCGAGGCGGCCAGCGGCGGCGCGAGCAAGCUGGCCAGCACGUGGCGCGUCUACAACGAGCUGGCGCGGACGAGGCCGGACCUGGUGCGGACGCUGACCGAGGACUGGCCGGUUGAGAACUUCGGCAAGUCUCACAACAGCCGCUUCUUCCUCCGGCCGCUCAUCUACCACCAGCCGGCCCGGGCAGACGGGACAGCGCCGGAGCGGGUGCUGCUGCAGUACGCGCGGCGCAACUUCGUCGGGUUCGGGGCGCUCCCGCGCGGGGCCGACGUGCCGGCGCUGACCGAGGCGCAAGCCGAGGCGCUGGACGCGCUGCACUUUUUGGGCGAGCGCUUCCACGUCGCCACCGACUUCCGCAAGGGCGACAUGCAGUACGUCAACAACGUGGCCGUGUUUCACGCGCGCGACGGCUUUACGGAUACGCCUGAGAAGCAACGCCACCUGGUCAGGCUCUGGCUGCGAGACCCCGAGUACGCGUGGGAUACGCCCGAGAAGCUCCGCCAGCGCUGGGAUGGCGUCUAUGCCGGCAUCACGGCCGAGGCGCAGGUUCUCCCGCUGGAGCCGUUUGUGCGCGGGGCGGCCAACGGGGGUGCGAGGAAGGCGUAGAGGAAAUGUAUGUCUAGGGUGCGUAUGUUGCCUUUGAAUGGCGCAAUGUAUUGGGUUUUGGGCGCAACUGCCCUUGUCGCUGCUCGAGAUGCAUUUGAACUUGGUCUUUGUAUAA